AUGACCACCAAUUUAUGGUUCCUUCUCGAUUUUGACAUGACUCUCGACAACAAUUCCUCCUCCUCCUACUCUCCCAUCACAAAAACCAACGUGACUGAAUGUCAUCCAGAUCUUUUUCUUCUCAAUUCCACCUCUCGAGAAUUAUUUCCCAUAAUUGAAUAUGACAUUUGUCCUGACACGUAUGUUUCCUUUUCCAUCAUGCUUGUGUUCGUCAUUCUGUAUGGUGUCAUGAUCGCAGUGGCAGGUGUAGGAUUAAUUUGGAAAAGACAUUCAGGACACAUCAUGGCUCGAAAUUUGGGACAUUUAUUCACAAUCAUGAUUUCUGGAUUUUUAUUUGUGUUUAUGUUUUGCAUAAGAAUUGUCAUUGGAAGGAAAAUCUUUCCAUGUGCUGUCUAUUCAUUGUGUUUCUUUGUGAGUGGUCCUGUGGUGACCAUGCCAACGACGUGUCGAUGUCUGAAAUUGUUUUUUGAAUAUCGAUUGAAUUUAUUCAAGAUGAAAUUGUUUGGAGAUGAAUCAUCUUUUAAAGUGCAACAAUCAUUUGUUGCAACAUCAAUGAAUUUAUCAACGAAGGAAACGCAAGAGGGAGGUGAAAAAGAACUGGGUGCAAUUUCAAACAAAAAUCAUCAGGUGUCAGAUGUCACUAAAAUUGAUUCCUCUCAGAGUACAUCCUCUUCAAGCAUUUCAAAUUUAUUUAAAUCAACCUCUGCAGGACAAUGUUCUGACUUGGUCGAUGAAGAUUUACUUCCCAUGAAAAAACUGGCCACUCCUCGAGAGUUGAGAAUUCUCAAAUUUUUUCAAUUUAUGGUCAGUUACAAAUUUGUAGCCGUUGCAUUCAUUGCAAUCUUUUUACUUCAAAUCGCGAUAUGGCUUAUUGUAGGAAGUGCUGAUGAAAUUGUUUAUGCUGUCAAAGGAGAACGAUCUCUGGUGGCUUCUGGAUUUUUUGAAUUUCGACAUGGAUGUAUUGUGACCUAUAGUGUGUUGAUCAUUAUUUUAGUGGAAGCAAUUGUACAUAUUUCACUUGAGGUGGUUGCAUUGAUUUUGUGUUUCAUUUCAGAUCGAGAUACAUGGAAUAUCAAAAAGGAGACUCUGGUUGCUGUCAUUUGUCAAAUUUUUGCAAUUACUGGAUUUGUUGUUGCUGGGUAUAUUCCUAUUGUGGCUACCUUAACAGAUUAUUUUGUACCAUAUUUAUUGAGCCUUGUUGGAUAUAUUGCAUUGGACGUUAUCAUUUGCGUCUUGCUUCCAAUUUUCUAUGCAAUUCGAGCCGAAUAUUUAUUGGAACGAAAAGACAUGACACUCUCUGACAGUAGUGUUGAAAUUGUUUUGAAACACAAGAAAGCAUAUCCCAUCAUGCUCGAUUUUGCAAGAAGAAGUUAUUGUCCAGAAGCAGUUUUAUGUUGGUCAGAUAUUCAACGAUUUAAAAAGACUGUCAAUAAGGAAAAGAGAAAAGAAAUGGCUCAAUUCAUUAUUGAUACAUAUGUGACCAUAAGUUCGCCAUUGGAAAUUAAUAUUCCAAAUAUUGCCAAGACGCAUCAAGAAUUGAAUGAAAAAUUGAAAGCGAAUCAAGUCGUGGUGGAUAUGUUUCAACAAAUUGAAAUAUUUUGCAUUCAGGAUUUGAAUGAAGUGUUGCAUCGAUUGUCUGCUUCUAACAAGUUUAUAGCAUCUCUAAUUGAAACUAGAUAA